AAGCCGAUGGUGGAGAAGAUGCCCUGGGACCGCAUCGACAGCAGCAUCGAGCAGCUGAAGCACCUGCUAGACACGGAGUUCCUUGGGACCCAGCCCCACUCCAGGCUGGAGAAGGCCAACAUCCUGGAUACGACCGUCAGCUCCGGGGAACACAGGCAAGUUUUCGGUCGCCGCUCCAAAAGCCCGCAUCAGGACUACAGAGCUGGUAUCACCCAUUGCCUCACUGACUCUCUCCUCUACCUGUCCCUCCACCGGACCAGCGCAGACGUGCGGCUGAGAAUGUGGGGUCACUUCAGGAAGACCCCAGCCAGGGUGCUGGCUGCCCAGAAGAACCCCCCUUACACCCUCUCUGGCCGGGUCCUUCACAUCCAAGCGGCCACUCCGGAGGGACCCCAGCCCCCGGCAGGCCCGGUUAUCCGGUGGGGACUGGCGACGAGGGGCAUCUCUGCCCGUGAAUCCAGAGGAGAGUCCGACUGGUAUCCACGUCUUCCGCUCCUCUACGGUGUAGAGAAGGGUCCUUCCCUCUUAGGAAGCAUUUCCGUGCUCGGACUCCCGCUCCUUCAGCUCUGAGGAGGGGCGUCUCCCUGUCUGAUGGCAGGAGAACAGUUCUCAGAGAGAGGACGAAAGGGCCUCGCUGUCCUGCCUCCUCUGAGAGCUGUGGAACCUGGCCAAACGUGAGCCUGGGCCGGGACCUGGCCUGGUCUGCCUGAGCCACUUCCAGGAAGUGCCAGGAGAUGUGAUAGAGGCCGCUAUGAUAUUUGUAGCUUAUUUGGGCAAGAGGGUAAGCUCCUUGUGGGUAGGGAUUGGGCCUCUCCUUUGUGGUGAUUCUCCCAAGUGCUUAGUACAGAGCGGCAUGGGCGCUCAAUAGAUACCACAAAUCUUCCUCAAAUGGGAGGGUCUCGUUCUUCAGAGGCAUAAUCCCAUCUGAGUAGAGGGGGAUGGGCGAGGUUUGGGGUGGUGGCCAAUGCCUUUCAUAAAGGCGAGAGUUGGUUUGGUAUCCUAGUAGGACAGCGAGUACCAGCUCGGGCUGGCAUUAAGGAAUGUUUAUUGCCAGGAUCGCAGAGAUGGCAAAAUGUAUCAA